GCAAGCAUUCACGCUUUCUUUUAUGGUCACAAAUUCGCAUGUUUCAUGCGCCAGUAAAAAAGUGCAGUAUAUCUUCAGAUUGAAGUUUCUUGAACAAAAUAGAAUUAAUUAAGUAAUCACUAGAGAAGCAAGUUUCUUUGCGACUGUAAUUGGUAAUUUUCCGUUAAUAAUCCGGGAAGCUCUUUGCAAUUGGGGACUCUUUCUGUACAGAUUGACGGUUCCUGAUCAUCAUUAAUGUUCAUAUAUCGACGCACAGCAGACUUAUUGAGGUCGGCGCGUGUAGCGGUAAUUCCGCCAAAUUCCAAAGUGCCCAAUAGUGACAUGAGGCUACGAUUAUCAUGAUGAGAAUGCAUCGACAUACUAUCUUGGUUGUGUUAUGGGUGUGUGUUUUGCUCCGGAGCAGCCUUGUUCUGCCGCUUGCCAAUGAUCAUGAUGGGUCACCUCCAACAGAAAGCCCUAAGGUCACGCAUUUCUGGUUGUCAUGUCCACACAAGGCAGCUUACAAUGGAGAACUUAGCAUCCCGGAAAGGUUGUUGGCCGGUCAGCCGUAUCGCUCGGCACAGCAUCACGUGGACUUGGAUCACUAUCCCACGGAAGAUCCUUCGCACACAUAUGGACGUAGAAGCACGACGCCGCCACCUGUUCCUGUUGCAUAUCCACACACAGUCAGCCGAAUAACUGCAGACCGAUAUCGGACAACCCCGCGUGUAUCUGCACAUGUGCUAAAUCCUGCAUACUCAGAAAUGGGAACAUCAAAUGUACGGCAUUCGCUCACCGCGGAUGUGGAAAUUUUGCGCUAUACGGAAAAUGGCGAUCCCGAAUACCCUGGGCAGGUGACCUGUGGUGGAGGCGAAUCAGACUGUCUUUAUACAGUCUCUGGGCACAUAAAACUAAAUCAGCGCAUCAUAAAAGCGCAGAGCGUUAUCAAUACGGCCCGGGGAAGAGGAAUUGUGGACAUCAAUAAACGUACGUCAGUGUCACUGUGUCUAUCAUCACCUGUAAAUCAGGAACUGCUCCUUGAAAUUUCUGUUAUGUCCAUAGCUGAAACCGGCACUAAUCAGAACAGCUAUCAAGAAGCGGAAGAUCAAUAUUCCAGAGACAGAUACGCUCGAAGUGCGCAUCUUGUCCGUUAUCUAGCACGACGACAAGCUCCUUCCGGUGCGGUGAAGAAAUUUGAUUGUCUCGUGGAGCUUCCCGCCGACAUUUUUCACGAGGGUUACCAGCCGCAGUGGCAGACGCCUCGCUGCACCGCACAUCCCUCCAUUUCCGGUCAAAACAAUGAAGAGUUGCUCUUCCGCUAUGUUGUGUAUCAAACGGACAGUGAAGCCUGCAAUUCCGACAACAUUCAAGCUGGAGACUGGACGCCGCUGAACGGUUGAUGUCGACCAACCACUCCACAUUAAAUUAUUCGCAGCGGCCAACCAGUGCGCUUCUGUUUUUGCGGGCAGAAGUGCAAGUUCAAAAUUAAUUGUGAUUUAACAUAAAUGAGUUGAGAAUGUCAAUAUACACAAACCCAUGAAAUUUAGAAAGGACAUGUUUAUUAAGGAGAUUGAUUUUCGUCGGCCUCUCCUAAAAAUGUUAUCUUUGUGGCCAUGGGACGUAAGAUUACUGGAUUUUUGUAGCGUGCAUGGAUCGGCAAGAGGAACGCAAUAUCUUCCGGGCAAAUAGGUUGAUAGUUGAUACGAAUUGUAAACCAAAGCGGAACACAAUUUGAGUGAUCCCAAAUUAUCUACAGCAUCGUAAUUUUUUCAGAUAUUAUUGUGCUCUCGAGUCUCGAAUAAGUACACUGAAACCGAAAUACUUCUAUACCGAAA